AUGCACGCACGACGCACAUUAUAUGCUGUGCGACAGCAUGCACGCUCAUUCAGCGUAGCCCCCUCUCGCUCUGCCGUCUACGUCCUCCCUGUAGACCCCAGGGCCCCUCCCAGGCACACCAGCGUCGGGGUAGAUGCGGAGUCGCUGUGGUCCGCAACACCCGCGGCAGCUGCUCCAAAGCCAGCUGAAGCAGGCACAACGCACAUCUUCUACGAUACGCCGAGCGAAAAGGGUGCGCGGAAUGUGACGGCGCUGACGUCUCUUGGGGACAAGUUCGCGGAGAAGGCGGAGGACGAGAGGCGAGAGGUCAUCAGGAAAGCGGUCGGCAGUGCUGUGAAGCAGGUGCGCGCGCUUGGCGAGGGCAUCCACGGACAGACCGUCUUCGUGGACGCGUCGGCGGACCCACAUGCUGCUGCUGUCGCGACUCACCUUGCGCAAUUCGAAUUCACGCUCAAGACGAAGCCACCGUCACGGUUCAAUCCGAACUUGAAAGAAGCUAUUCCGGAAAAGCUCACAUUCCAGCCUCUCACCGAACAUGAAGGCUGGAAGACCGGAGCUGUCUAUGCGCGAGCGCAGAACCUUGCACGGACAUUGACAGAAUUGCCCGGCAACAUGAUGACACCUACUGCCUUCGUAGAGCGGAUAGAGAAGGAGUUCUCUGGUGUACCGAACGUCAAGAUCAUCGUUCGUGACGAGGCUUGGGCAGCAAAGAAGGGCAUGAAUGCCUUUCUCUCUGUGACGAAGGGCACCUCUCAGCCGGCCAAACUCCUCGAGAUCCACUACAAUGGCGGACCCAGUGAUGCACAGCCCAUCCUGCUCGUCGGGAAGGGCGUUACCUUCGACACGGGUGGGAUCUCGCUCAAGCCUUCAGCAGGGAUGAAGCUGAUGCGUGGUGACAUGGGCGGCGCUGCGGCGGUCUGCUCUGCUGCGCUCGCCGUCGCACAGCUCGGGCUGCCAGUAAACCUCAAAGUGCUGACGCCGCUCUGCGAGAACAUGCCCGGGCCGAGCGCGAAUAAGCCGGGCGACAUAGUCUAUGCGAUGAACGGCAAGUCAAUUGAGGUCGACGACACGGACGCCGAGGGUCGGCUUGUGCUCGCGGAUGCGCUAUACUAUGGGUCAACGACCUUCAAGCCACACACAAUCGUGGACGUUGCCACGCUAACAGGAGCGAUGAGCGUCGCACUGGGUGAAGCCUUCACCGGCGUAUUCACUAAUUCGGACAGCCUCUGGCAGGAGUUGGACAGAGCCGGAUUGCGCGAACACGACCGGUUCUGGCGGAUGCCGCUAGACGACGAGUACGGACCGCAAAUCCACUCGUCGAACGCCGAUCUAUGCAACAUCGGCGGUAGGGCUGCGGGAAGCUGCACGGCUGCGCUUUUCCUGAAGGCAUUCGUGGACGGCGUCGAUCCUGCUGAGGAUGGCGCGACGGCUGCGGUGCGGUGGGCACAUCUCGAUAUUGCGGGGACCAUGGAAACAACGCGAGGGUACGCGUACCAAGACAAGGGGCUGACGGGUCGCCCUACACGUGCUUUGAUCGAGUUUGUGAAGGCGGCUGCGUCAUAG